AUGGAUUUUUUCCUUCCAAGCGCUGUCCCUGAAAUUGUCCCGAACAACGGACAUUUGUUAGACAGACGCGCCUGGAGUUCACAUCCACGAGGAGGAGUAAAGGAGUUUACUCCUGCAUUUGAGGAGGCGAACAGCCCCACAGAAAAAUGCAAGAAUAAAAUAUUUAAAUCAAUAAAGAAGGGAUGGGAGAAUGUAAAGCAGCCAUUCCUUCAUAAUGAUAAAGUGGAAACACUGAUUCCUUCAGAGCUUAAUGCGGAUUCAGCUAAUCCUAAUCUAAAGGAUGAUGCUGGUCUGGCCAGCUCUGAAUUAAACAAUAAGAUCAAACCGGAAAAACAACGAAUGGCAUUCUUUGACUGUCUCUGGAGGGGCAAGGUGGAGUCAGUGCCGACUCCCCUGCUUAAAGCAGAUCCAGCUAUCCCUAAUGUUAGGGAAGUUGUUGAUCUUGCAUCACAGUCAAAGACCUACGUUGGUCCGAAGAAACAGAAACAAAAGGCUUCAAAGAGCCGCAAAUCUAACCUCCAGGGAGAAAAAGUGACUGUUGUGCCAACUCAACAGCCCAAGGUCAUUUCAGAUAUUCCUGUUGGCAUGGAUGUUCCUGAUCUGGCCUGCCCCCAAUCAAAACCAAAGAUUUGUCCGGAUAAACGCAUGACAUUGUGGGAACGCUUGCUUGGAUGCGUCCGGAGGGGUAAAGUGGAGUCAGUGCCGACUUCACAGAUUGAGGCCGAUCCAGCUAUCCCUGAUGCCAGGGAAGUUGUUGAUCUGGCAGAUUCUCAAUCGAAGAGUGUUGGCUUAAAGAAACAAAAACAAAAGGCUUCAAAGAGCCGCUCAUUUCACAACCCUUGGGGAAAAAAAGGGAAGAGUAAAGUGAAAAAAGAUGCCGAUCCAGCUAUUCCUGAUGCCAUGGAUGGUGCGGAUCUGGCCAGUUUUGGUGGCAUCGCUGCAGCCAAUGCCAGGCUACAGAAGUUAGGUGCCAUUACAGAGAAUAUUGGGUUAAAAGGUGGUGGAAAUCCCGACCCAAAUAAAGCAAAAAAUCCUGGGUCAAAAGAAGAUGGAAAUCCUGAGGCAAAAGCCCUUGAAAAUCCCAGAAAUCCCUUACCAGAAGAUGAUAAAGUUGUCAGGCCAAAAGCUUUUGAAAAUCCCAGAGAUCCCUCGCCAGAUGAUGAUAAAGUUGUCAGGCCAAAAGCUUUUGAAAAUCCCAGAGAUCCCUCGCCAGAUGAUGAUGAAGUUGUCAGCCCAAAAGCUUUUGAAAAUCCCAGAUAUCCCUCGCCAGAAGAAGUUGUCAGGCCAAAAGUUAUAAAUGUUGUUCAACAAGCUUUUGAAUCCCCAAGCGAGAAGAAACCAGCUGAUCCCUCAGUGCCUAAAGAGCCUUUUGAUUCUAAAUAUGAACUCUUGGAGGAUGAAUUGCUUGGGCAAGGUUACUGUGGCAAAGUGUACAAAGGGUUCCGUAUAUCGGAUGGCACUCCGGUUGCCAUCAAGCGAAUAAGCAAACGAAAGAAUGAAAGCAGUCUUCAGAUUCCUGGAUACCCCAAACAACCUAUUACAGAAGUGGCGCUGCUGCUUAAGUUAGGAGAUGCGCCCUUUUGCCCCAAUGUCAUACAGAUGUAUGACUGGUACGAGACUAAACACUUUCACAUGCUCGUGUUGGAGUACCCACUGCACAGCGAAUCCUUGUUGAAAUUUGUUCUUCGUGAAGAAAAACUAAGUGAAAAUACAGCAAGACAUCUCAUGCGUCAGGCAGUACUGGCAGUGCAACACUGUCUGGAUAAUGGAGUUUUCCAUGCCGACAUCAAACCCGGAAACUUCUUGGUACAAAAGUCAACAAUGACACUGAAGUUAAUUGACUUUGGGGUUGGAUAUAAUCUGACGCAUGACACCUAUGAUUCCUAUGAUUCCUAUUACUUUAUGGGAGCUCCAUGUCGCACCCCUCUUGAGAUCGAAACGGCUAAGAAAUUGGACAUCGUGCCAGCAAGCGUCUUGAACUUGGGUACUGUGCUGUACUUCAUGGUGGUUGGAUGUUUUCCCGUUCUUUUAGACAACUUUAAUUCCGGGUAUCUGAAUACAAAUGAGAAGGAUUUAUCAAAGGAAAUCUAUGAUCUGUUAAGAUGGUGCCUGGCCAAAAAUCCAAGUGAUCGUCCGACGCUCAAGCAGAUCUUAGAUCAUGAUUGGUUUAAAACUGAGUCUGACGAAGAAGAGUUAUACUCCAAGGCACUGAAUGAGCUGAAUGACUGAAGAAGAGGGGAAUGAUUGGAGAUGCUGUUUUCAUCAUCCUGAGACAUAUGGAGUUUGAAGGAGGUUUUAUUUCAGCCUCAGACUUCAUGAACACAGACCGCUGGCUGAACGUCUGAUGCAGAUCCUGUCUCAUCCUUGAACACAUUAAAAAAAAUGUUUUAAUUCUUAAUGUUUUUAUAUUUUAAAGUUGUAUAAUAUAGUUUCUAAUAUAUAGUAAAUCCUCUAUAGAAUCAGCUAUGUCUGGCUCUCUCUCUAGGGUUUUUUUUUCUCCUAGGAGUUUAGGGAGUCAGGUUUAACUUAGAUCUCUCUUCUAUACAUUACAUUAUCACAACGCUCGCUAGUUUAGCUUAAUCUGUACUUUGCAACUUUUGUUGUCCCUUGAUUUUUCUGUUUUUGCUUUUU